UUGAAUUUAAAUAGUUAACGGUCAAAUUUGAAACCAGUCAGUUACUGCACUUCACACGAGCCCGACUGCCCAGUGACCAGCCCAGUGCAAAAAUCACCUUUUGGCGGUUUUUUACAUGUCUGUGAUUUAAUUGUAUUUAUAAUAGUUAAUAUGCUUUAUUUAAUAUUUAUACGUAUCUAAACAACAAAAUGGAAAAGAGAACGCCCAGAAGACCACUGCCUAAUAAAUUUUUAGAAAAAACCAGCCAACAUAGAUAUCACACUCUUGGAAACGAUAGUCCGUUUCGAUUGCUUCCCGUGGUUUCAACACCACCGUCGAGCAUACUGACAAUUAAGAAUCCGUUCGAGUCUCAACUAACUGAAAGACUGCAUCGUUCUGUGUUUAGCCCGUCUGUGUUCAACGUACAGAGUACUAAGACUGAAGAUAAGUUUAGGUGGACGAUCGAGGAAAUUUCCACUUUAAAACCUGCCGAUAUUGACGAAAAGACGGUCGAUUUAUUCGAGAUGACCGAUCACGAUGUGGAGAGUGAAAUAUCGGCUCAGGCAAAAAUCGAAUCCUACUUCAAUGAAAAACUUAUCGUUCCUAGCCCCUUCAAUGUAGUGAAUUCAAAUCCACCGUUAAUAACGGACAGUGGGGAAAAAAAGUUCAAGCAACUGGUGGAAGGUGAAGCGCAAACUGUCUUAACACUUCCACCGACUUUACCGGAUCAUUUGGAAGCCGUACUUAAACCGUUCUUCUCAUACACCGCAGACCAACAGCAAGAUAAGGAGAGUAGAAGCUCUCUGUAUCGCCGAUUGUUUGAAUUGAACGACUCAGACUCUCCGAAUAAUUCGGCGUUAACGUCUCCCGCUCCGUCGUGCGUUCUUUCACCCAUUGAAUUAUCGCCAUACGAUGAAGCGACAACUGCGAGUAGAAAUUUCGGCAGUCCACACGAUCCUAAUGGUAUGCCAGACUGUAACUUGUCACCUAUUGCCACAAAUUCGCCCACGACAUUUUCGAGAGUUGCGUCGGCUAGCAGAUUAAACUUUUCACCACGUAUGAGCGUAGACACAUCUUUGAACUUAGUUCCAGACACCUUGGAUCAACUUCCGUCCAACAAUCAAAGUCUCGCGUUUGAAAGUAUGCACUCACCAGUUCCUGAACUGUUAAGCAAUUCCACAAUAAAUUGGGAUCUCGAAUACAAGCACAUUUCUCUAGCGUCAUCAAGCGGAGAUGAAAUGGACGUAUCCAAUUCGAAUACUCCCAAAUCGAAGAUUUUUAUUAGUCAACGAAAGAAGUUAUCAGAUAGCUUUCUUAGGGUGGACGAGUCUGACGAAGACAAAGAAAAUGUUUUUAAUAUGAAUAAUUUUCGAUUCCGAAACACAAAAGUGAGCUUUCUUUCGCGUGACGGCGAUAGCACUAUAGAUGUAGGUUAUCACACGGGUAGCAGAUUGAUGAUCUCGGAAGAAUCUUGCAACUCGCCACAUUUAUAUGCUUCGACACCAACAAAAGAUAAAAAGUAAUAGUUAUAUUCUCACAUUUUUGUUAGCGAUACAGUCCAGAACAGAAUGAUUGUUUUUUACAUAUUUUUAUCUAUAUACAAGCUUUUGUGAUUUGUAUGAAAUUGUUGUAAAGAAGUUGCAUGUAAUUUUAUUGUAAUUAAGUCAUUUAGUUAUGUGCAAUUGAUUUUAAUAUAUAAAUUUAUACCUA